UACGCUUCCUCAAAUAGUCAGCAUUAAUCUAAGAUAACUCAAGACAUCUGUUAUUCAUUUUGACGUUUUUGGCUAGGAGAUCUUAGUCGCGCAAUUUUAAAUCAAACUAUGAUGUUUGGUACAGUAUUUCUAACGAGUCGUCGAAAACGAGUCGUCUCUCGUUGAACGAUAAACACUUUAUUGAAGAAUUCCUACAGUUGACCAAUCGCUGACGAAGGGGCGUAGACUCAUGAUCUUCCGCUGGCCUCGAGAAAAAAUGUGUGUCCGCAGCCUCUGACAAUUUAUUUUCUUUUACAUUCCACUAGCGCCUAUGUUUGAUGACGUGCGCCCAUAGAAACACAUUCAUCUGGAAAGUGAAACUUCACUCGAACACGCAUUAGAUCGAUGAAAGUAAAACAGAGAGCAGGGUAGCACUGCCUGUAAAAUGAGUCUCUCUGGGGAGAAAGAGAAGAGUGGCACUACUAAAAGGAGUCUUUCUGGGGACAGAGAGGAGGGGGGCACUGCCUCUAAAAUGAGUCUCUGUGGAGAACUUGACUCCACCAAUGUAACAGAAAGCCCAAUCCAGAAGGAGAGACCAGUCUCACCUGUACCCAGCUGUCUGUCCCUGAAGAGUGACAAGUCAAUGGGGCAUCCAAUAGAGUUCCAGAGGAGAGAUGUUUCUACUGAUCACAAGAUCCAGAUGGAGAGACCAGACUCCUCUACACCCAGCUGUGUGUCCAUGCAGAGUGUCAAGUCGAUCGGGCAUCCAAUAGAGUUCAGAGACAUCACCAUAAGACAACGGACCUUGAGGCUGAGGUGCACCCGUGACCAGCUCGGAAACCAGAUUGCACAGCGGAGAGGGUACGGUGGGAUUCGAAAUGAGACCAAAAGGAGAGAUCAGAGUCAGAAGUUCCCAGUGGUCAGUCUGCCCCGAGUCAUCAAACAGACCUGUCUUCCAUAUUCAGGUUGGUUGAAAAAAAUGCCAUUGCUUUGGUAAAACGGGAGCUGAAGAAGUUCAAGAAGAUUCUGUGUCCAGAUCUCCCAGAAUGCUUUGAGAGUCAGACGAAGGAUAAGGAAUUGGUGGAUGCUGAAGAUGUGGAGCAGGAGAGCAUUCCCAGAGAGGGGGCGCUGAAGAUCACACUGCACAUUCUGAGGAAAAUUAACCAGAAGGAGCUUGCUGACACACUGGAGAACAGUAAGGGGAUUCUGGCUUCAUUCCUUAAAGGGGAAGUUCACCCCAAAAUACUUCUGGACCAUUUAUAACGCUUGCCUGGCUGUUUGUCAGUAGGGGAGAGUGGAGUUGAGCCUUUUUUUUUAUUUAUUCAACAUCACUCUGUCGAGGGAAAUAUAGUAUUAUUUCUAAUAAAGAGAUCUACAUAUAUUUCAGGAUUUUGUAUAUCCCUAGAAAUAAUCAGAAUUCAUUUAAACAUUACAGUUUUGAAAACAUAGCUUGUCCAAAAAAGUGAUCUCUCUGGGUAUGGGGUAAGUUGAUCCACGGGACAGGGUAAGUUAAGCUCCUACACAUUUCUGUACUGAAUGGAAUAUUACCACUACCUUUUUUAAACCAUGUGUAUCUUUAUUUCCCAAACACAAUUGCUUUUUUGUCUUUUUAAUAAUUCUAAGCAUCUUUUAACACAGGUUUAACACCUCACAAACAUUUGGUACUUUUUUAAAAACACUUAACAUAGGCCAGGUCCUGUUGUUACCUCAGAUCCCAGUGAUAAUACAUUGCAUGGCCAUUGGCUCAACUUACCCUAAGGCAUACAUUUUGACUAUAUUAGCCCCAUACAGCUACAACGAUGCACUUUCAUGUUAGGUUGAAGACUGCAUAUUAAAGCUUAUAGAUACUCUAACUGAUGUAAUAACGAUCGUAAAAUGAUCUACUUUGGUUUAGAUGCAAGCAUCAUGAAACCUCUAACGCAAUAAAUUCAUUUGACUUGGUGAUUUAAAAAAAAUCACCUAACUUGCUUACCACUUUUUCCAUGUGGUUUCUUCCUUCACAGACUGAAAUGAUCACAGUCUCCAUGAAAUCUUCCUAAAUAUUUGGUCAAAUGAUUCAUUUUUGCUUAUGGUUUCGUAGAAACAAGGGAGUCUCAACAUACCCCUUUGGCUCAACUUACCCCCCACCACAGGUCCAUUGCUUUGGUAUUUAGUUUUCUGUGUUUUUAUAACAAAAUGGUACAUUUCCGAAAUGACCUAAAAUGCAUUAAAAGCUAUGUGUAUUUAUUGUUGCAUAAACAACGAUUGGUGUCUCGGGAUUGAAUUGCCAAAUAAGUAUGUUUUUUAAUGUAAAAAGAUUGAUUGAUUAUUUUGGGACUGGUUGAAACCGGGUUCUGUUCACACACAAAAAAAAUGCUGAGUUGUUUGGUUGAUCCAACAGCUGGGUUGCAGGCAUUGGGUCAUUUAUUAUUAUUAUAUUUAUUUUUUUAACUGCUUGGCUAUUGAUGCUGGGUUAUUGAGAUAUGGAUCGUAUAGUUAUUUUUCACCACCCGUGAGAGUAGAUGUCAUUCCAGUUCAUCUGUUCUGUUGUAUUGUUAUCCCAUGUUAAGGUUGAACACUGAUAAACUUGUGUAAGCCUCAUUAAAGCUUAAAAAGUAUGUUGGGAUAUGGAAAUAUUCAGGUUAUGAAUUUUAUGUAAUGUGCAAAAAAUAUUCAAAGAAAAUAGAAAUUUGCAGUGUAUAUACUUAACAUGAUGAACAGGAAUGACAUUUACUUUAACUGGUGGCCAAAAAUAAUGAUCUGAAAGCUGCCACGCCUCCUGAAAAGAACCUAAGGAUUACAGCUGAUGGUUAAAAAUAAACCAACUGAUGAAAAUUUUAAAAAAGUGUCUGAUCCUUAAGAGGUUAUUAAAUUAACCCAUGUUUGGGUAAAGGGCCCAGAAGUGUUUUUGGGUGAACUUCCCCUUUUAAUACUCCAUUUUCUUUUUACAUGUUAUUGUCAAUGAAGAGAAUAGGUUAUCAUAAAUGUCCACUUGAUUCUCAACCCUUUACUAAGGUAACACAUGAGUGAUGUCUGCAUUUUCAGGUCUUCUAGGUGAGCUUGCUGUGUGUAAAAAUAAACUAAAAUCCAAUCUGAAGAGGAAAUGUGAAUGUGUGUUUGAGGGGAUAGCUAAACAAGGAAACCCAACUCUUCUCAACAAGAUCUACACAGAGCUCUACAUCACAGAGGGUGGAAGUGGAGAGGUCAAUAAAGAACACGAGGUGAGACAGAUUGAGACAACAUCCAAGAGACCAGCAGCACAAGAAAAAGCAAUCAAAUGCAACGACAUCUUUGAAUCCUUACCUGGACAAGACAAACCUAUCAGAACUGUGUUGACGAAGGGAGUCGCUGGCAUCGGGAAAACGAUCUCUGUGCAAAAGUUCAUUCUGGACUGGGCUGAAGGAAGAGCAAAUCACAAUAUCCAAUUAAUCUUUCCUCUACCUUUUCGGGAGCUGAAUUUGAUGAAAGAUAAGAAAUACAGCUUGAUGGGACUUCUUCAUCACUUUUUCAAUGAAACCGCGGAAUCUGAAAUCUCUAACUUUGACAAAUGCAAGGUUCUGUUUGCCUUUGAUGGUCUGGAUGAGUGUCGACUUCCUCUAGACUUCAACAACAAUGAGGGCUGUUGUGAUGUCACAGAAUCAACCUCAGUGGACGUGCUGCUGACAAACCUAAUCAAGGGCAAUCUGCUUCCCUCUGCUCUCCUCUGGAUAACCUCCAGACCUGCAGCUGCCAAUCAGAUCCCACCUGAGUAUGUUGACCAGGUGACAGAGGUACGAGGGUUCAAUGACCCACAGAAGGAGGAGUACUUCAAGAAGAGAUUCAGUGAUGAGAACCUGGCCAGCAGAAUCAUCACACACAUGAAGACAUCAAGGAGCCUCUACAUCAUGUGCCACAUCCCAGUCUUCAGUUGGAUCUCUGCCACAGUUCUAGAGAAACUGUUGGGAGAAGCACAGAGUGGAGAGAUGCCCAAGACUCUGACUGAAAUGUACAACCACUUCCUGAUCUGCAACAUACUGCGUAAAACACAGAAAUAUCCAGAGGGACCAGAGAAAGCUGAGACGGAUUCACAGAUGAAAGCAGAUGCAGAGAUGAUUCUAAAACUGGGGAAACUAGCCUUUCAACAGCUGGAGAAAGGCAAUCUGAUCUUCUAUGAGGAAGACCUGAGAGAGUGUAGCAUCGAUGUCACAGAAGCUUCAGUGUACUCGGGAGUGUGCACACAGAUCUUCAGAGAGGAGAGUGGGCUGUACCAGGAGAAGGUGUACUGCUUUGUGCAUCUCAGCCUCCAAGAAUUUCUUGCUGCUCUGUAUGUGUUUGUCACAUUCAACAAUGACAAUGUAAAUCUAAUGGCAGAACCUGAAACCACUACCAGAAAACUUCAGAUGUCUGAAGACACGUCUGCAACCAUCCUCCACAAGAGUGCUGUUGACAAGGCCUUACAGAGUGAGAAUGGACACCUGGACCUGUUCCUCCGCUUCCUUCUCGGCCUCUCAAUGGAGUCCAAUCACACUCACUUACUAGACCUAUUGAUACAGACAAGAAACCGCUCACAGAAUAAUGAGGAAACAGUCAAGUACAUCAAGGAGAAGAUCAGGCAAAAUCUCUCUCCAGAGAGGUGCAUCAAUCUGUUCCACUGUCUGAACGAACUGAAUGACCAUUCUCUAGUGGAAGAGAUCCAAAGCUACCUUAGCUCAGGAAGUCUCUCAGAAGCCGAACUCUCACCUGCACAGUGGUCAGCUCUGGUUUUUGUGUUACUGACUUCAGAAGAGGAGCUGGAGGUGUUUGACCUGAAAAAAUACUCAAAAUCAGAGGAAGGUCUUCUUAGGCUGCUGCCAGUGGUCAAAGCCUCCAGUACAGCUCUGCUGAAUGGAUGCAAUCUUACAGAGCGAUGCUGUGAACCAUUAGCCUCACUUCUCAGCUCAACCUCUUCACAGCUGAGAGUGCUUGACUUGACUGACAACAACCUGAAGGAUUCUGGAGUGAAGCUGCUCUCUGCUGGACUGGAGAGUCCACACUGUAAACUAGAGAAACUGAGGUUGUCAUUCUGUGUGGUCACAGAGGAAGGCUGUUCGUCAUUGGCUUCAGCUCUGAGAACAAACCCCUCCCAUCUGAAAGAGCUGGACCUGAGCUACAAUCACCCAGGUGAUUUUGGAGUGAAACUGCUCACUGCUGUACGAGGGGAUCCAAACUGCAGACUGAAGAAACUCAGUGUGGAACAUAAUGAAGAGUGUUAUUUGAAAUCAGCACUCAAGAAAUAUGCCUGUGAGUUGACCCUGGACCCCAACACAGCACACAACGACAUGACUCUAUCUGAGAAGAACAGGAAAGUGACACGGCUUGAAGAUGAGCAGUCGUAUCCUUAUCACCCAGAGAGGUUUCUGUUCUGGAAACAAGUGCUGUGCAGAGAGCGUCUGACUGGGCGCUGUUACUGGGAGGUGGAAUGGAGAGGCCUAGAGGCUCACAUAGGAGUGGCUUACCAUGGACUUGACAGGCAAGGACGGGGUGAUGAGUGUGGGCUUGGAUACAAUGACAAGUCCUGGGCUCUCAGUUGUUAUAAAAACUACUUCACUACCAGGUAUGAUAAGACUCCCACUACCAUUCCUAUCCCUCCUUCCAGCACCAACAGAGUAGGAGUGUAUCUGGACUGGUCGGCCGGCACUCUGUCCUUCUAUAGUGUCUCCUCUGACACACUGACCCACCUGCACACAUUCCACACCACAUUCAUUGAGCCACUCUACCUAGGAAUUCGGCUUUGGUGUCAUGAUUCCGCAGUGUCCCUGUGCCAGAUAGAAUAGCCUGUUCCUACAAUUCAUCUAAGUCCUCUCCCUGCCCAUAUUUAGAGUCCCUGCCCAGUAAGCCUCCAGCACACCUCCCCCUUGAAAAUAAAAAACAAACAUCUACCUUGCCUUUCUUGCACUAACACUCACACGGGGCGGCAGCGUAGCCUAGUGGUUGGAGCAUUGGACUAGUAACCGAAAGGUUGCAAGUUCGAAUCCCCGAGCUAACAAGGUAAAAAUCUGUCGUUCUGCCCCGAACAAGGCACUGUUCCUAGGCAGUCAUUGAAAAUAAGAAUUUGUUCUUAACUG